GAGCAUUGCGCACAAGCUUAGACGAUGGUCGAUGCCGACUCGAUGGCAUUUUGCUGGCGUUAAUACGACGGAAACCAUCUCGCCGUUGAAACGCCCUUCUAAGUGGGCAGUGACUGUCUCUCUCCCUCUCUCUCUCUCUCUCUCUAUUUUUUUUUUUUUUUUUUUUGAGAGGUUUUGAUCUGUGUCUCAGGCAGGUCUAUCGCCAUCUCUCUGGCGAUCUUCCAAUUCAAGGCUUGGGAUUUCAGAAAACCUAAGACCAUUCUGUUUUGGAUUCCAAAUUUUGAGAUUCACCUGGUUCAAACUCUAUUUCUUGGAUUAUGAGUUUUGUUGGGAAUUUUUGAGUGGAUUUUGGUGAACUGGGUUUGCCUAGUUCUUGUGAUUCAUUUAUUUGUUGGGAAUUUUUGGACUUCAAUUUGAGUACGAAUUUUGAGAUUCAGCUUCUUGGGAUUCUAGGUGUUUGGGUUGUUAAUUUUGCUGUUGGGGAAGUUUUCAAAUUGAAUUUUGGUAGAUUCGGUUUGUUGAAUUUUGAAGCGUGUUUUUGAUAAUGGAUGGUAAUAAGGAUGAAGCUGUGAGAUGUGUUCAUAUUGCUGAAGCAGCAAUCGCCUCUGGUAAUAAAGAGCGUGCGCUGAAAUUUAUUAAAAUUGCACAACGCCUAAAUCAUAAUUUGCAGGCAGAUGAACUUUUGGCUGCGUGUGGGAAGCUCAAUUCAGGGUGUCCUGUGUCUUCUAGUGAUGAAAAGUUUGUCACUGAGAGUAAGAACGAGCCUGGUCCGGCAAAAUCUGAAGAGGGAUUAAAUGGGGAGCGUAGUUAUACCGAAGAACAUGUCCAAUUGAUUAGGCAGGUUAAGAGGCAUAAAGAUUAUUAUGAUAUUCUUGGUGUUGAAAAGAAUUGUUCAGUUGAGGAGAUUAGGAAGGCAUAUAGGAAAUUGUCCUUGAAAGUUCAUCCUGAUAAGAAUAAGGCUCCUGGUUCUGAAGAGGCGUUUAAGAAAGUAUGCAAGGCGUUCAAGUGUUUAAGUGAUGGUGAUUCAAGGAGGCAGUAUGAUCAGACGGGUUUAGUUGAGGAAUUUGAGCACAACCAGCAGUACAAUGUUAGGCGGAGAAGGAGGAGAACGGGGCAUGACUUGUUUGAUGAUGAUUUUGAUCCUGAUGAGAUAUUCAGGGCUUUCUUUGGUCAGGGUGACAUGUUUCGAGCAAGCCGUGUUUAUAGGACCAGAGAAACGGGUCAUCAGAGGGAGGAUUUUCAUGGAGGACAUAAUUUUCUGGUCCUUCUUCAAUUAUUACCGUUUCUGAUCAUUUUCUUGCUUGCAUAUCUACCCUUUUCUGAGCCUGACUAUUCUUUGCAUAAGAAUUACUCCUACCAGAUUCCUACAAUGACUGAGAAACAUGGGGUGGAAUUUUAUGUUAAAUCAUCAGCGUUUGAGAAGAAUUAUCCUCUUGGAAGUCCUGCUCGAGCUCAAAUUGAGGACAAUUUGAUCAAGGAUUACAAAAAUAUGCUUUUGCGCUACUGUCACGUAGAGCUCCAGAGGCGUCAUUGGAAUAAAAAUCUGCCAACUCCUCACUGCGAUAAGCUACAUAGCUCUGGAUUAGCUUGAAGGUAAACUAAGUGCUCUCUUGCUAGGUGGCAGAUAGUUAUACUGGUGUGUUUUUUUUUUCGUUGAUUAUUAUUAUUAUUUCUGUGGUUACCUAUACAAGUAUUGGCUGUUGAUAAGUUGUGACAUCAACAUUGUCUGCUCGAAGGAGAGCUAAACUUCUGCUGUUAUAUUGAGUCCAGAGUUUCCUUAUAUCAGUUGAAAUGGCUAAUGAUUUUCCAACUGCUAAAUCUCACUUGAAAAGUAUCCAAGAGAAAAAUUAGACGGGGGUUAUGAUGAACCUGUUAUUUUAUGAAUUUGGAGCACUGGAGGUUAGGGAACUGAAGAAAAAUGAGAAAGAUAGUAGAACAAAAUCAGAUUUGCUAAUAUUGGAGGAAUUUGGACUGGGUAGCCCAGCUAACUAAGCCAAGGAUGUAGAGCAUCAGAAGAUUUAUUGUGUGUCUCCCUAUUGUAUGUAAUAGUCAUACUUUACCUAAACAAUUUGGACCUAAGGCCUCUGCUGAUUGUCUAAACAGGGUACAGGUCUAGCUAUCAACUAAAAUCCUCCCCACCCAAACACAUUAAAAAAGUGUCUUAGUUGAUUCAUUUGAAGCUUACGAAUUGAAGUUACAUCUUUUCCAGUCAGUUUAGAUUACAUUACAUGCAUUUUAAUAUUUUCUUGUAAUUUUGGAUGGUGAAACUUUUCAGCAAAAGUUUUACCUCUCUGGUGGCCAAUUUGGAUGGUGAAACUUUUCAGCAAAUUUUUUCUUGUCAAUGAAUAUUGAGCACACUUCUUUUGGAUGCUAAAACCUUCAGGGAAAUCUUUUGAGUUGAAGUUACAAGCUUUGGCUUGUCCGGGAGCGCUUCAAUGAUAGUAUAGUUCCACACGUUACUGAGAUUUUACCCUUUUCACCUCUUCAUAUAAAGAUGACUGUUUUUUUGGCGACGAACAAGUUUGUAAAAAGUGCUCCAGGAUUGUUAUUUAGGAUUUUCAACACCCUAAUCAUGCCAUGAAACUCUGUAUUAGACUCCAAAUAGCCUGAGAGCUGUUGUAAAGGAUGUUGAACAGUUUUUUUCUUUGAUAUUGAGAAGUCUUCUUCUUUGUAUCAAUAUUUGCUGGGUGCACAGAAACAAUCAAACCUAUACAAGGGGUUUUCUGAGCUGUUU